AUGAAUAAGCAUCACAAAGAGUUAGAUAGUUUUGCCAGUAAAAUGUCGAAAAUUGAACUAGAACAUAAAAGCAUAGAAAUCGCAUUAAAGUCAGAAAUACAAGAUUUAAAAUGUCGUAGUAUGCGGGACAAUUUAUUGUUUCACAAAAUCAAAGAAGAAAAAGAUGAAAACUGUGAAGUUAAAAUCUUACAAUUCAUUGAAGAAAAACUUAAAAUAGAAAAUGCAUCUAGUGAUAUCCGACUUCAGAGAGUACAUCGCAUUGGGCAAUAUAGUGCCGGAAAAACACGACCGAUUGUCGCUAAAUUCACGGAAUUCCCCGAUCGUGAGCGGGUGCGACGAGCUGCUAAGGAGCUGAAGGGAUCUAUCUAUGGCAUAUCAGAACAGUAUCCAAAAGAAAUAGUAGAUCAGCGUCGUAAGUUAAUCCCUAUCAUGUUACAGGCCCGCCGGGAUGGAAAGGAAGCAUACCUUAAGAUGGACAAACUUUACAUUAACAAUCAGCUCUAUAGAGAAUCAUGCUAG